UCUCCUCUAGCUUUUGGUUUCCGCGGCCGGUGCUGUAAUCAUAUUUUUUUUACUCUUUUAAGUUUCUGUUUGUUGUUGAUUUUUUGGAAGUUUAAAAUGUCUCUGUUAAUACAACGUGUUGGAAAACUGUUAACGCGUAAUGCUUUGCCAAUAACAACAACCGGGAGAUGUCGUUAUUCUGUUGACGAGAUCUUAGGCGAUGGCAACGAAGUUCUUGUGGAACGUCUGGAAGGCCCACAAAAGGGUAUAACAGUGUUGGGUCUCAACAGGCCGGUGGCAAAGAACGCAUUCAGUCGUGGCCUGGUAAACACCUUUAAGGAUAUACUGGAGGAGGUUAAGCGUGACAACGGGUCUCGUGUAGUUGUGCUGCGCAGUCUCACUCCCGGCAUUUUUUGUGCUGGCGCCGACUUGAAGGAACGCAAAGGCAUGACUACAGAGGAGACAAGCGAAUUUGUGAGCCAGCUGCGUGCUCUGCUCAUCAGCAUUGAGCAGCUGCCCAUGCCAGUGAUAGCGGCCCUAGAUGGCGCUGCUUUAGGCGGCGGCUUGGAAAUGGCACUCGCCUGUGACAUACGCACAGCGGCGAACAAUGCGAAGAUGGGUCUGGUGGAGACACGCCUUGCCAUUAUACCAGGUGCCGGUGGCACUCAGCGUUUGCCACGCAUUCUCUCCCCCGCACUGGCAAAGGAGUUGAUAUUCACUGCCCGCGUGUUCGAUGGCCAAGAAGCCAAGGAACUGGGCUUAGUGAAUCAUGUGGUGCAACAGAACGAGUCUAAAGAUGCUGCCUACCAGCGAGCAUUGAAGUUGGCCGAGGAAAUACUGCCAAAUGGACCUGUGGGAGUUCGCAUGGCCAAACUGGCCGUGGACAAGGGCAUGCAAGUGGAUCUAAACACCGGUUAUUCCAUUGAGGAGGUGUGCUAUGCUCAGGUCAUACCCACCAAGGAUCGGCUGGAGGGACUUGCGGCUUUCGCUGAGAAACGUAAGCCUGUUUACAAGGGCGAAUAGGCGUAGAACGCUGCUUAUUUAAGUCUAAGAAGUGCAUUUAUUAGUUGUUGACUUGCGUUAAUUUUGUUGAAUUUAAUAAACUUUAACAGUCCCAAAUGAAU